UCGUUCGGUUCGGGUGUUUUAAAUUUCCGUUCCUCAAAUUCGCCAAAAAUGUCCCGAUUUUUUCGUUCCUGCUGCUUUUGGAAAGUUUCUGCGCCCACAUUGGGCCAUUACAGUCGGAAUCUCGCUUUUGCCGAACCGGAACUAAAACCCGGGAGUUUAGGAGGAGCCAAGCAGGGUGUGACCGGAAGCAGCUUCUUGCAGCGAAUCUUCCACCGGCCAUCCAAGGAGGAGGAGAUUCUCCUGCUCGAGAGGCGCUACCUCAAAAGAUACCUUCGCCACUACAAGCUGUACCUGGACCACAUGACACUUCCGGAGAUGCGGUUGGCCAAACGAUGUGUGGAGGAAUCGACGAGCAGCGAAAGCAGUACAAGUCCAACUUCUAGAGCAAGUCCCAAAGCGCAACCCGGCAAACACGUGCCCUUGCACCGAACCGCCGGGUACGUUCCGGUGCCGUUGCUGUCCGAGUCGUCGAACGAUUCCGUGGAGGAGUCGUCGACGCGUCAGUCUCUGCCAGCAGAAGAUGAGGUAUUUGAGUUUGGUCCGUUUCUGCUAGGCGGCGAUAAUGGUCCGACGUACGUGGCCUUUGAGCAACCGGAACCGUGACAGGGUUGGGUGAUUUGGUAAGCGGGAUGGUUGACAAUUUUUUUUAACUAUUUAUUACUAUUUAUCUUUAAAC